AUGGCGCACAUCCCGAGCGAUCUACCCUCGACCUUCAAAGGCUUGCAAUUCACUUCUGCAAGCCAGCCACCAUCUGUCGUGGAUUUACCAACUCCUCAGCCAACCGCCGGCUCAGUAAUCUUGAAGGUUGUAAGCGCACAAAUUGUUUCCUACGCAAAGGAAGUGUACCGCAAUGGAAACCCAAGAUCCUACAACUACCCACUUCCUCUUGUUCCUGGUACGAAUGCAAUUUGUCGCGUGGCUGCACCGGCUCCUGAUACACCACACUUGAAACCAGGCAUGCUCGUUUAUACAAGCGGCGUCAUUCGGCCUCGAGAUAACACCACGGCUCUUCCUCUGCUCCAGGGCAUUCACAUGGGAAACACCCCCGAGAGUGAAGCCCUCAUGAGUGAAGAGUGGCGAAACGGCACCUGGGCUGAGCUAGUCAAAGUUCCAGCUGAAAAUGUCCAUGUGCUGAAUGAGGACGCACUGAUCAAGAAGCUGGGCUAUGAAGUGGAAGAUCUCGGAUACAUCAGUACCUUGGCAGUCCCAUACGGUGGACUUUCAGACGUGGGACUUCGACCAGGAGAAACAGUCAUUGUAGCCCCAGCUUCGGGCAGCUUUAGCAGUGCUGCCGUUUUUGUUGCCUUGGCCAUGGGCGCGUCCAAGGUGAUUGCAAUGGCACGAAAUACCGACAAAUUGAAGCGUGUAGUCGAAACAGCAGGCGACCGUGUUGUAACCGUUACAAUGUCGGGGAAUGUCGAGACCGAUACCAAGGCACUCCUGGAACAUGGCCAGGCGGACGUUUACUUUGACAUUUCGCCCCAGAAUGUCACGAACCCAACUUAUAUCCAGGCUGCGAUCAUGGCACUUCGACCCCAUGGACGGAUGAGCAUCAUGGGUGGUGUUUUCGGCACUGUCGAGCUUCCAUACAUCAUGAUAAUGUUUAAGAAUAUCACUAUCAAGGGCACAUUCAUGUACACGCGUGAGCAGGCGGACGAGUUGAUUCGCUUGGUAGAGACGGGCAUGCUGCCGAUUGGAAAGCGUGGAGGAAUUGAGGUGACGGGGAAAUAUGCCUUGAGUCAAUGGGAGGAAGCUUUGGAAAAUGCAUUCAGCCAAGCUGGGCCAAAGAGACUAGCAUGCUUUGUUCCGGGAAAUUGA